AUUAACGCUACGCAUUAACGCUACGCAUUAACGCUACGCAUUAACGCUACUCAACAUUUAAUCCUACUUUAUCGAAUCAAUUUACCAAAAAACUUACACUAAAUACAAAAAUGAAAAAUACAUCAGAAAAAGACAAAACAACCACCACCACUAACAACAACAACGGUAAUAAUGAUAAUAAUGAUAAUCAUGCUGAAAGAAUCGAAAUGCAGAUUAUCAAUGAUCCCACCGACUAUGUUGAAACUACCAGCCAAUUUGAAGAAAGAAUUGGCAAUGCAAGUGAUAUUUCCCGUGAAUUUCAUUGGCUUGACUAUUACACCAAUGAAACGUAUCACAAUGAAGCCGAGUGGAGAUCCAGUCCACGUUUUGUGCCCGGUACAGAAAACCGAUGGCCAAUGGAGGAAAUCGAUUAUGCUAUCGAUUUCCCUAAUUACCAAGAUGUCCAAGAUACCUUGGAUUCAGUACCACAUGCAUCACCAGCCAGUUCUGUCAUGGCUAUUGAUGGUGAUUUCGGAUCCGAUGAUGAUAAUGAUAAACUUGGCGAUUUAAAAAAUAAUUUUGAUCGCAUAAAAAAUCUCAAUCAAGUCAGGGAAGAUUAUGAUGGUGAUUAUGAUGAUAAUGAUGAACGACCAUUUCUACGGCAAAGACGACGUCGACGUCGACAUCAUCGCAGCCGAGAUAGUCGCUGCACGUAUUAUUCAUCAUAUGAUUAUAAUACUAAUCCAAAUCCAUGGUGGCUACGACAUAUCCGAAUUAUAGCCCCGAUUUGGUUUUUUAUAUUUAUGCUCGUUUUGUUCGUUCUAUUAUUAUUAUUGAAAAAACGUACUAACCAUCAACACCAGAAUUCAACAACAACAAAUAAUACCAAUUUGGAUAAUUAA